UUAAUCUGUCGGGGGGAAAAAAUGAAGAAGGAUUCAAAAAUUGUUCCGCGAGAUCGUCAGAUCAUAUGAGCAGACACAAACUGUGGGAGUCGGACGGCGCGCGCUUUCUCCUGCUUCAUUUAAUCUAGGUUUAUAUUGUAACUCGCAUAAGAAACAUCACUCCUGAUCCUGCAUCGCCAUUAAAGAAAAUGAAUAAUAGCAUUUUGAAAUACUUUAAGAAAAGGCAGCCUGACAGUGACACGACAAGGGCGUCACAAACUGCUGACAAUGCCCAGGAAGGAAAUCAUACAAGCAAGAAAAACAAAAAGGGGCCUGGUAAUAAUGACCGUGAUCCAUUAAAGGAAAGAACAAACAUUUUCUGUACAAAGGACGGACAAUCAAAAAGCCAUCUGCAACAGAGUGCUGAAGGGCAAAGCAACACUUUUAAUUUCUGCUACAAAUCUGAGACUCAUGCAGUGGUGUGUGAUACAUCCAAGACGGUGCUUGAUGCUCUUAAUACGAACAAGAAUUUCAGAAAGAUUAAAAAAGACAACAAAGGGAAAGAAAUAGUGAUCCAGAGACGUGAAGGAGCAGUUCCUAGAGCAGCUGUGAAGACCGAUUUCCCCUGCUGUCUCAUUGGAAGAAAUGAGCUCUUAGAUAUAACCUUCAUCAAAAAUAGUGGAAAUGUUCCUUUAAAGAAAACAGCUAAAAGACUUUCAUUAUCCAGUGAACCAAAACACUUUGUAAUCUUUUACAUUAAAACAAAAGGAGGGAAGAAGGUGAGAUACUUAAUGAAAAACAAUGAGCUGAGGACGAAGGUUGAAGAUGUUUGCGUGUACGCAUUUAAAGAAGACAAACUAAAGGUUGCUUUGCGUCGUGACGGACGAUUCACCAAUGCCAUAUUUGAGAAACACUGUGUACUUUCUGAGUUUAGGGACAAAACCAUCCAUGAUAUGUCACACACUGUAGAGCAUCUUGAUGGAAAGCAUUUUGAGAUCAUUGUUAGGAGUAACAACAACCAGCCAGAUAGCCUAGAGGAGGUCUUCAGUGAUGACAGUAUUGAAAUGGAGGAAGCUUCAGCUGCUGAUGUAAAAGAAAACGCUCAACCUAACCAGCAUCCCAUCAACACUGAACAAGAAGAGACAAAACAAAAGAAAAACACAAUGAAAUCCAACAACGCCUCAACUAAUUCUCCGAAAAUAAUUCCAGACUCUGAAGAGAUUCUAGCAAUUCUGCGUGCUCAGUUCAAAGACUUACUGGAGACAUUAAAGCAGCGAGAGAACCUGAAGAACAAAUCUGAUACCCUGAAGUUCUUCAGAGCAGAAUAUGAUAAAAGCGUUCAGAGUUUCUCUGAGGUGAAGAAAGUGAAGCAGCUCAUGAGACUCUCCGACUCUGUGUGUCAGAUUCGAGUGGAGGGGUCCCCCAGAGGAACCGGCUUCUUACUCUUUGACCGAUUUAUCCUCACCAAUGCUCAUGUUAUUGGAGAAUUUGACCCUUUCACCAGGAAGCUUUCAAAGACCUUCACUGCAGUAUUUGGUUAUGAGGAUUUGGACGCAAAGGAGGCCAAGUAUAUCCCGGUUAAGGAACAUGUUGCAGCAUACUAUCAUGGAAAGAUCAACAUGGACAGGUAUCUUGACUUUGCUCUUCUUGAAUUGAAAGACGUAGAUGAAAUCGCUGACUGUCCUGGACUGCUCAGUCGAUACACUCAUGCCCCCCCUCCUAACCGUGGUGGGAUCUGCAUUGUGGGACAUCCAGGUGAAGGGGUCAAAAAAAUGGACCCCUGCUUCAUCAUUGGGAAAGAGCACCUACAAGAGGCUGCGCAUAAACACAUCUCUGAGAAUGUCAACUUCAUUCAUGUGAUGACACAACAGUCUUUGGCAGAGAAAUGGGAAACGCAUGACAACCAGUUCAUGUAUAACUCUUGUUUCUUUCAUGGAUCUUCUGGCUCUCCAGUUUUUGAUGAAGACUGUUAUCUGGUUGGCGUUCACACCGGUGGAUAUGCGUACAAAGGAGAAAACUGUAAAACUAGGAGCAUUAUGGAAUACUCGUAUUCCAUGCAGCCCAUCCUCGAAAGUAUCAUCGCACAGGCUAAGAAAAGUGGGGGAUCUGACAUCUUAAAAUUACUUUCUGAAUAUGAAACUUUAAAUCCUAGCUUGAAAGAUGAUGAUGUGGACAUGGAAGAAGCUCCACAAAAUCAAGAAGAUGAACAUGAAUAAUGGGAGAGUACCGAUUGAGGCAACAUCCAUCUACAGUAGUCAACAUAUGAAGUGGAUCAAAGCUGUCAUUAAGACAAAAACACAUUUUGGUUUUGGUAAAACUUUGAUUUAAAGGUUUUGAUCUUCUUCAGAUGUUGACUAGUGUAUUUGUUUGAAAUGCAAAACUUUCAGAUAUUAAAAUAUUCAGUGAAAUUCAACAAAGUUUCAUUCAAUAACAUAUAAAAUCUGUAUUUAGGUGAAUGUCUCAUUCCUUUUUAUGGUUGGUAAUGAUUUAUUUUUUUCAUUUAACUGUUAAUCCGGUUCUCGUGUAACAUAUACAUUCUAUGUUUAAUGUCAUGGAGAAAACACCCUACAUCAUGAUCUCUGUUAGAUCAGACAGCAUUAUUGUGUCUGUAUAUUUCCAAAGGAUAAUUUAUAUUCUGCUUUUUUUAAAUGGGGUUUUUAUUGUUAUAUUUUAUUCUCAAAUUAUUAACGUUAACAAAAUCAGCAUUGCAUUACAGUGUGUGUGAGCGUGGGAUUUCUGAUUGUCGCAUCGUUCGCAUUUCAUAACCCAAAUGCAAACUAUGCUCUCUUUGAACUGGAUUUCUUUAAAAUACAAAUCUUGUGUAAUCCCAGGCUAUCUGUAAUCAUCUGCUAUAAACUAAAAAGACUAUAAACUAUCAGCCCCCUGCAGGAUGCUCACAAUAAAUGCUCUUAAAUAUUUUUGCUGUAUUCACAUUUGUACUUUCUGCCACUUUAGUAAUAGGCCUACAGCUGCACAUAUACUCUGUAUGUCUUUUUAAUAUAUAUAUUUUUUUAAUUGUCACUUUAUCUGUAUUUUUGCUUUUAUUAAAUGAUCAUGCUUGAAGUA